AUGAGUCCUUUAAAACUAUUCGCGCUCCCCAACACACUUCACUUCAUCGCCAGCCCCCUCGACAUCGACGACGUCUCGACUCCUCUGCAUAUAGGCCAGCUCUUCGAGUUCGUUCGACCGAUAGACUCAGCAGGAUCGAUCAUUUUGGUUGGCCUCUCCUCAUACCAAACUUGCUCUUCACUCAGCUCGGAUGAGAAUUCAGACGUUCGGCUGGGUAGUAGGGCCCACGAAGUCACUAUCGGGCAGUCCGUCAAACAAGAUGAUGCGACGAGUCGUGUCGAAGUGGUGCCGACAGGAAGGGUUCUCGGGGAGGUCAUCGGCACAUACGUGGACAACGUUACCGUCCUGCUGAAGAUAGAGGAUUGGUUUACGGAGAGCGGUAUGUUUGAGAUGGGAAGGUGGAGGGAUGUGGUGAAUGAGCAGGUGCAGGCUGAUGACGAACUAGGCAUGGAGGUGGCCGUACUGGAGUAA